AUGAGGCGGAGUGCCUUAGGGCCAGUCCAAAAGAUCCUGUUCUACAUAGCGCUACCUCUAAUAGCCGUUGGAAUCACUGGUCAAGCAACCUCUUUAGUGCAGCUCGCCCAUGACGAGAGACCACAAUGGCUUGGCCCUCUCACAUUCACUGCUCCAAUAACCUCGCUGGUCCAAUCCGCCCACGACCAGACUACACCAGAAUCAGGCAUUUCCUCUUCAACGGUAAUGAUGGCCCAACUAACCGCGUUAUUGCGAUCCGCCCGCGGCCAGACACCAGAAUCCGAUGGCCCCUUCGUCUUCACCCCGGGAAUGCGCGGCCUUGCUCUCGCCGCAGUCUGCAUACUCGGUUAUGUAACCUCUUGGUUGAUUAAAUAUGGCGUCUCUGCCCUAGUUAUCAUAAUGGCAGCAUUUAGUUUCGCGGCGCUGUCACCUUGUUCUUCCAAACGUGUUAAAGCACAAGGGGUUCCUGUGAAGUGGAAAGAAACCAAAAACAUCCUGUUGGUGACGCUUGUAGGCGCCUUGUUCGUGGCGAUGAGCGUUGUGUCCGCUAUUGGAAACACUUACUUCGUUCUGCAAGCGAGUCACUUGAACCAGAAGGUUUGGUUCGUGAAGUUUCCUCUUCCCAUUCUUCUGUUUGCGUAUAACGAAGCCAGAUCAAAGUUUGGGGGGUUAAAACGGUCUGUCGUUGCCAUCUCCAUCGGGCUCGCAGCGUCAAUGGUGGUUUCGAGUCUGUGUUGUGUCGUAGCUGCGCUGGUGGAAGCUCGAAAGCUGGCCGUGGUUAAGAGCUCCGGUUUGAUAGACUUGCCCGAAGAAACAAUUCCUAUGAGCAUGUUCUGGCUGGUUCCACAGUUUGUUCUGCUUGGGUGCGCUGAUGGGAUUUUUCGUAGGGCAAUCGGUUCUCUGUACAUGGUGGCAUUGAUAUCUGAUGAGGAGGCUAAAAAUCUGGAAGCAUCGAAAGUCCUGCAGUGCCAGUACGCGGGUUUCUAUGAUAUGGCUGUUUAUGGAGUGGGAGUUAUGGGCAGCGUGUUAUCGGUUCUUGUGGUGGGUGAGAUAAGCGCAGAGGGGGGGAAGAUCAAUUGGUUUCAGCACACCCUAAACACAAGUCGUUUGGAUAAUUACUACUGGACCUUGGCUGCCUUGGUUGCAAUCAAUCUGCUGAUAUUCUUUGUUUUGGCCGCAUGCUGUGGUGCCUGUUUUUAUGUGGUUUCAAGGUUCAAGGAUGCGAAAUAA